AUGCUUAUGCUGAUUAUUGUAACUCUCACCAUGAUCACGCUGCUACUGGCGGCAGUUGCCGUCGCUGAAGGAUGCGGCGCGCGGCCGCAUGUCCGCUGUCCCGUCGACGCUUACGGGCCCUUCGCGCCAGUGACUGUGAAGCUUGACGGCGAGGCUUUUCGAGGUGAAGCCGUUGAUUUACCGGAAACCGAUCCGCGGGUGGUGAGGCGGGUGACGGGUUUCGAGCCGGAGCAGAUAUCUGUGUCCCUUCCGCUACCCGCGGAUUCCGUAUGGAUAUCUUGGGUCACAGGUGAUUUCCAAAUGGGUAAUGACAUUCAACCUUUGCAUCCUGCAAAGGUUGCAAGUAUCGUUCGUUAUGGAAGAUUGCGACAUCACUUAGCUUUGAAAGCUACUGGCCAUUCACUUGUUUAUAGUCAGAUUUAUCCAUUCGAAGGCAUGCAGAAUUAGACAUCCGGAAUAAUCCACCAUGUUCGCCUUACAGGACUUGAACCAAGUACCCGCUAUUUCUAUCGGUGUGGAGACCCUUCAAUACCAGCAUUGAGUACCACACAUGAGUUCAGAACAAUGCCCAUUUCAGGUCCUAAGAACUACCCAAAAAGAAUUGCAAUUGUCGGGGAUCUUGGCCUUACUUAUAAUACAACUUCAACUGUAGAUCAUAUGAAAAGUAACAAACCCGAUCUGAUCUUAUUGUUGGGGGAUGCUACUUACGCGAACUUGUAUUUAACUAAUGGAACUGGGUCAGAGUGCUAUUAUUGCUCAUUUCCAAAUACCCCAAUACAAGAGUCCUACCAACCUAGGUGGGACUACUGGGCAAGGUUUAUGGAACCUACAGUGUCAGAAAUUCCAAUAAUGGUGAUAGAAGGAAACCAUGAUGAAGAAGAACAGGUGGGCGGCAAGACUUUUGAAGCUUAUAGUUCAAGAUUUGCAUUCCCAACUAAAGAAAGUGGAUCAGACUCCACAUUUUACUACUCCUUCAAGGCUGGAGGAAUACAUUUUGUCAUGCUUGGUGCAUACAUUUCCUAUAAUAAGUCAGGAGAGCAGUACAAGUGGCUGCUAAGGGAUUUGGCAUCUGUAGAUAGAAGAGUUACCCCUUGGUUGAUUGCAACUUGGCAUUCACCUUGGUAUAGUACAUAUAAAGCCCAUUAUAGGGAGGUGGAGUGCAUGAGGGUGGAAAUGGAAGAACUACUAUACUCAUAUGGUGUUGACAUUGUCUUCAAUGGCCAUGUGCAUGCGUACGAGAGAUCAAAUCGGGUUUAUAACUACACAUUGGAUCCUUGUGCUCCCAUUCACAUUGUGGUUGGAGAUGGAGGAAACCGAGAGAAGAUGGAAGUAAAUCAUGCAGAUGACCCUGGCCACUGUCCUGAUCCAGCAACAACCCCAGAUGAUAUAGGGGGCUUCUGCGCCUUCAACUUCACAGGUGGACCAGCUGAGGGCAAGUUCUGCUGGGACCAUCAACCUGAUUACAGUGCAUACAAAGAAAGUAGCUUCGGACAUGGAAUUUUAGAGGUGAAAAAUGAGACUCAUGCAUUGUGGACAUGGCAACGAAAUCAGGAUUCAUAUAAAAGCACAGGUGAUCAGCUCUAUAUAGUCAGGCAGCCGCACAAGUGCCCCAUCCUGCCCAAAUGA